AUGGCGGAGAUUGUAGCAGGGAUCUGGGCAGCAGAACAAGCUGUCUCUACGAGCAUCUAUGCUGGAGCGACUGGUUAUGCCGUUGCAAAACCUACUAUGCCUCUAAAGGCAACAUUUUCACAGAUUGCAUCUACUUCAGAUGAUGCUUCAAGAUCUUCACUCACUAGAUCUCAUCAUACACUUACCGUAGUUGGUGACAAAGCUUACAUUUUCGGAGGCCAGACGAGCCAAGGAAAACUUGCUAGUAAUACCAUCCACUCCAUAGCAUUGCCAAAAGCCAGUUCUGCUGUACCUGAAUAUCAGGCACUACCAGCCAUUUCUACGGAGAACGACGGGCCCGUGCCUAAGCCACGAACUAAGCAUUCUGCUUGCGCAUUGAAUAACCGCGUCGCUAUAUACGGGGGUUGCGAUGAAUCUGGAAAUGUCUUAGAUGAAGGCCCUAUAAUCUGGUUAUUUGAUGUCGAGAAACUCACAUGGAGUACUCUUAAACCUUCUAGCCAUCCAGAGAGAACCCCACUACCGAGAAGCAAAGCACAUUUAGUCGCUCACGAUGGUAAUCUCAUCCUCAUCGGUGGGGUAAAUUCAAAUGGUGAAGCGCUUACAGACGUUUGGCAUUAUAAUUGCUUUACCGAAAUUUGGAAUCAGCUGCCGCAUACCCCGGCCGUCGUCACGAGUGCAACAAUUUCGGGGCACACGUUAUACUCAAUCUCUAGCUCUGAUGCGCUUGGUAGUGAAGUGCAUUAUCUUAAAAUCCAAUCGUACACUGAGCCGGCUUCAACCUGGCAGACCAUCUCGUUUCCCACGAACCCUUUAACGCCGGGACCUAGGCCGAGGUCUCAUGGUGGACUGAUACCCAUCACGACGGGGUACGGUCGAAACUAUCUCCUAUAUUUCUUUGGCGAUUGUCAAGGAGAAGUAGAAAAAGGAGAUUUAUUGCAGUGGAGUGAUUUGUGGACCUUUCAACUUCCAUCUAGCGAUUUAGAAGUCAAAGCGACUGCCACCAUGAAGGAGGCGAUCAAGCCGGCUAAGAUCAAAGACCAGAUACGCUCAAAACUCGGGGCCGAUACGGGGGCAUCUAGCUGGGCUGAAGUCGAAGUACAGCCACCCGGUGACCUUAAGGCACAUGAGGGUAAGGUUCAUCCUGGUCCGCGAAGUUCGUUCGGCUACGAUAUGACAGCUGAUGGACGGAAUGUUGUAUUAUGGGGUGGUUGUAAUGCAACCGGAGGAUCGGAGGGUGACGGAUGGAUUAUUGAAUUCUCAUAG